AUUUUCAUCAAAAAGAAAUGGAAGGAGUGGUACAUACAGGCACUGAUGCCUCAGCUUUCAGGGAGUGUUUCUCUUUGACAUGGAAGAAUCCUUAUGUUCUUCGCCUUGCUUUCUCUGCUGGGAUUGGUGGUCUUCUUUUCGGCUAUGACACUGGCGUGAUUUCUGGUGCCUUGCUUUAUAUCAGAGAUGAUUUCAAGUCUGUCGACCGACAGACUGUUUUACAGGAGAGCAUAGUGAGCAUGGCAGUUGCUGGAGCCAUCAUAGGAGCUGCAAUCGGAGGGUGGAUGAAUGACCGAUUCGGACGGAGAACUGCAAUCCUCAUUGCUGAUUUCCUGUUUUUUAUCGGAGCUGUAGUUAUGGCCUCAGCUCCUGGAGCUCCUCUCCUUAUCGUUGGCCGAGUUUUCGUUGGACUUGGAGUCGGAAUGGCAUCAAUGACAUCUCCUCUUUACAUCUCAGAAUCGUCUCCUGCCAAAAUCCGCGGUGCCCUUGUUAGCACCAACGGAUUUCUUAUCACUGGUGGCCAGUUCCUCUCCUACCUCAUCAACUUGGCUUUUACUAAAGCACCAGGGACAUGGAGGUGGAUGCUCGGAAUUGCCGGUCUUCCAGCACUUCUGCAGUUCAUUCUCAUGUUGCUUCUUCCUGAAUCACCCCGUUGGCUAUACCGCAAGGGAAGAGAAGAAGAAGCCAAAGUGAUAUUGAGGAAAAUUUACCCAGCAGAAGAUGUUGAAAAAGAAAUUCAAGAUUUGAAAGAAUCGGUUGAGGCUGAAAUCAAGGAAGAAGGAUCUGCAAAAAUAAAUAUCACGAAACUGUUGAAAACCAAAACAGUGAGGAGAGGGCUCAUAGCCGGUGUCGGACUCCAAGUUUUCCAACAAUUUGUCGGCAUAAACACUGUCAUGUAUUACAGCCCCACCAUAGUUCAAUUAGCCGGUUUUGCCUCCAACCGAACAGCGCUUCUGCUUUCCCUCAUCACCGCCGGCCUCAAUGCCUUAGGCUCCAUUGUAAGCAUAUACUUCAUUGACAGAACCGGGAGGAAGAAGCUGCUACUAAUCAGUUUGUUCGGAGUAGCAAUUUCACUUGGUCUUCUAGCAGGAGUCUUCCAUGAGACCACAUCCCACGCUCCGAUGAUUAGCCAAGUUCAAACAUCGCACUUUUCGAAUUAUACAUGCCCCGAUUACGGUUCAGCUAGAAACCCUGGCUCUUGGGAUUGCAUGAAGUGUUUGAAGGCUUCUUCUCCGAGUUGUGGAUUCUGUGCUUCACCAACAAACAAGCUGCUGCCAGGAGCAUGUCUGCUCUCAAAUGACACAGUGAAAGAUCUGUGCCAUGGUGAAAGUAGGUUAUGGUGCACAAGGGGAUGUCCGAGCAAUUUUGGAUGGCUUGCGCUGAUCGGUCUAGCUCUCUACAUCAUAUUCUUCUCCCCCAGAAUGGGAACUGCUCCAUGGAUAGUCAACUCCGAGAUUUAUCCUCUCAGGUUCAGAGGCAUAUGCGGCGGGAUUGCUGCAACUGCUAACUGGAUCUCAAACCUCAUCGUGGCUCAAUCGUUUUUAUCGUUGACGGGAGCGAUCGGGACUUCUUGGACAUUCCUGAUAUUCGGGGUCAUAUCGGUGGUAGCUUUACUGUUCGUAAUCGUCUACGUGCCGGAAACCAAGGGGCUGCCUAUUGAGAAGAUUGAGAAGAUGUUGGAAACUCGAAGUUUGCACUUCAGGUUCUGGGAGAGAAGCCACAAAUCACAAGAAAAGAGCCAAGCAGUGUGAAUAAAAUAGUCAAAUCCUUAGGAGAAGAAUGCUGAAAUGAAAAAGAAAAUACCAAACCCUGAAAAUAUUUAAACAUUGCAUUCAGCAAGAGUGGCAUUAAUUUGAUAAUGAAAAGCUGCUUUUGUUUUCUCUACAA